AUGAUGUCGACGACCAGCUACUCGUGGUGCGAGGCGUCCGUCGCCAAGGCCCAACGCCGCCCUUCGACGACGCGCCGUGCUGCACCCAAGGCCCGCGGCCUCAAUAAGGCCAAGCCGCAGGUCAUGCCACCCCGCAACGCGCUCCAGACGCAAGUCCGCGACCUCCAGAAGACAAAGAAGGCCCUUCAGCAGCGCCCUAUGCGCAAGCUCCUCGAAGUUGAAGCCUUUGCCGCGACCAUGCCGUGUCUGGCUUCCUUCUAA